AUGGACGCUCGCUUUGACGAUGCCGCGCAGCCGCCGUCGGAGCCCCUGCGAACGUCAUUGCGGUCGUCGUGCACCCAACCUCCCUCACCGUCAAUGCUUCGACGAGAACCGACGCGGCUCGAUGUGAAGGAAGACUUGGAGGAAGAGAUCGACGAGUACAAGCGUCGAUCAAUGUCCCAACCACACCAUCUCCAACACAGACGAGCUGCGGUAUCAACCAGUUCUUCCAGCGUCCCAGGGACUUUCCAGGAUGGAUCCGACACAAAUCCCCGUGCCUCAUCACAACUCCGACCGACCUCGUCCUUCCUGCGAGAUUAACCAAACAAGCAGCUAUAUUACAUGAUUGGUAUGUCUUAACAUGAGAAGGGGGGCCUUGUCUGGUACGAAUUCGCCAUACGAUGCACGGAACUAAUCACUCCCACAACGGCGACAAGGGUACUGGCGACAGCAAUGCCUUGGAGCAACCGUGCAUGCCCCCGCGUCAUGUCGUCUCGUAGAAUCACCGGUGCGAGUAGGAACGGGAACACGUACGUCGUCGUGACGCCGCUGAGGGCGCCUACAAAACCAAGCAGGUCGUUGACGAACGGCACGACGUUGCACACGAAGAAACUGGUAAACACGACGGCAGCUGUGAUGCCGAGCCACGCGACUCGAUUCUCCACGGACGCAUGCUUGCUUUGCUCGGGCGGUCGAUGGAACAGCCGCUGCUCGAUCGCGCGCGCGAGCACCAUCACCGCCAUCACGUACGCGACCACGACAUGACACAAGAUGAACAUCGAGCACCACCUACAUACAUUCUCCAUUAAAGACACACGAUCUUUCUUCAAUGCGUAAUACCCGACCACGGCCAUGAGCACGUACACGACCGUGAAGAAUGACGUGGCGGCGACAAUCGACUUGGAGAAUUCCCGCGGGUCGCGCAUUUCCGACAUGAUUUCCACAAAAAACACAUGUCCCGCCCUAGUGUUGGCAUUAAAAGACAUUAAAAGACGUUAAAAGAACACGUGAAAACGA